GCGCAGUUCUCUGCCAGUGCAGUGUAAAACAAAAUGGAUAGUGUUGGAUAGCAAUGCUUAUGAAUUGAAAAAAGUGAAAAUAAUCCCUACAAAAGUGAUUCAAACUGUUUGUAAACAAGCGGGAAAUAAAGUUAUAAUUGUGUCAAACCAGAUUAUAGGAAAAUCCCCGCGUGAAAUCGACUGAUUAGACGGAAAUGUCUUGGCCAAAUAAUUGGCAAGUGCAACCGGGCUAUACCGGAUACUCAACGGCAGUUCCACCGCCAACGGCAGCCGCCGCCGCCGCUCCUGCAGCAUAUUCGCAGGUCAGUUCCGAUGCGCAGUGGCAGCAAUGGCAGCAGUGGCAACAGUACCAGCAGCAAUACGCCCAAUGGCAUGCUCAGUACGGGGAACAGUACGCUCGCCAAAUGGGUAAACCGCUGCCAGCCGUUCCUGCGCCAAUGCCGAUGCCUGCAGUAGCUAUUGCGACCAGCCUUCCUCCGCCAACGAUUGUUCCUCAUGUGGCACCCGUUCCGCCGCCGAUAACAACAGCUCCACCAAUGCCAAUGACUGCCGCUCCUCCGCCACCAGCUGAGCCACAUCCCGAUACACUAGCUGCCGGACAAGCUCCAGCGCCGCCGCCGCCAGCUGCCGAAGGUCCGGAGGGCCCGAAAACGACCGAGGAGCUUGCAUUCGACGAGCAGUUCCGAAAGUGGGAAGAGGAAUUUGACAACUGGAAGCGUAAGAAUGCGAACCAUCCGGAUAAGAGCGCUUACCGAGAGUACGAGAAGAAGUUUGAGGAAUGUCGCAAAAAGCUGGUCGAAAGACGCGAACAUUUGCGUAAGAAGAGAUUAGCUGAAGCCACUGCGACCAGCACUUCUGCUACUCUGCAAUAUAUGCAGCAGCAACAGCAAUCGCAGUUCCAUCAACCGCCUCCUCCUCCUCCCCCAGAGGAAGAUGAAGAAAAUGGAAUGGACGUUGGAUUGUUUAGAAAUGCGCUCGGAGGAGCGUCAACUAGUGGAGGAGGCAUCCCCGGAUUGGAUCUGAUUGACGAAACAGUGGCUCCAAAACCACAAAAAGCGAAAGAUGAAGAAGUUGUCGAGGUGAUUGAUUUGGAGGAAGAAAGAGAGGAUAAACCCGAUGUUGGCCAGCUGAGCGAUAGUGCUAAGCAACCGGCAAAUCCAGUGAAUGCAUUAGCUUCAUUGUUGAAAGAUCCGAAAGUAAGUGCACUCCUGAACAUAAUUUCAGGCAACAACAAUGGACAGGGAGUGAAUUUGUCGAGUCUGGGAAAUUCGGAACUGUUGCAGCAAAUUCAAAAUGCCGCGGGAGCUGUCAUAAACGCAAAUCAAAAUGGCAGUCCCAUAUCAGGGGUUUCGGGUCAAAACCAGCUCCAUGGAUCAGGACAACGGACACCACUGUCGGACGAUCGCAGUCGGGCAUCAUUCCAUGACGAUCGUCGGUCGAUCGUGUCUGGCGAUGAGCGCAGUCGUGAUAUAGAUGAUAUUCGUGGCCCACAACUCAACCGUGGAAACGACAAUUUUCACCGUGGACCACCGCCAAACCAGACAAAUGCAUAUAACUUUGAUAUGAGUGUUCCUCCUCCAAUGGUUAAUGUUGAUUUGAGUAGACCACCCCCAUUAUUCGGCUCCAAUCCUGUACCGAGACCAUUACGAAGCGAACAACCUUCGCCGGCUUCUAGCAAUACUUCUUCGACAAGUCGUCAGCGUCAAUCCCGCUGGAGCAACCAUCAUCAAGCGAUCAAACAAGAUUCCGAGCCGGAGUUAGCCAUCAAAGAAGAACCAUUCAAUGGCUCCACAUUCCUGCCAGACACCAGUACUAAUUGUUAUGUGGGACAUCAAGAUGAGUUGCAAAUUGAUCCGGAACUUGGUACUCCUUGCGCCGUUCCUAAACCGGACUGGAUGGAAGAGGAGGAGUAUCAGGAGAUUUACGAUCGAUACGAACACAUUGAAGUGUUCGAAGAGCGCAAAUACAAGAUGGAACUAGCUAUUCGGUUACUGGAAAAGAAGAAAAAAGAUACAGGAUCGAGUAGCAGGUCUGCACCUGCACCAACCACCUUCGGGACAGGGAGCGACAGCACAAGUGGCCGCUGGCAGGGUGGAAUGCCUAAACCCAUCAAACAAGAGCCGGCGCUUGCACCGUCCAAGAGGCCAAAUCCAUUUGCCGGUGAUGACGAUUUCUUCCGUCCCAAGCAGGUCAUCGACUACUCGAACGGAUCGCCUCGCGUUAUCGACUAUGGACACAGCAGCAGCGGACCUGCUGUUGCGGGCAAAUUUGGCAACACGAACGAGGCAAACAACCGUGACAGUAGGGAUAGCCGCGAUCGGCGUGACAUGAGGUUCCGGGAUGGUCAAAGAUUCAACGAGCAACGUGGAGAACGAGGACGAUUCCAAAGUGAUGAUUUCCAGCGUCAACGAUUCGACUACAAUCACACUCAAUCCUGCGAUACCACCGGGGUGGGCUCGUACGAAGUGGACAGACCGGCCAACUACACGGUAAAUUCCACUAGUCGUCUGGCCACUAUGCAUCGCAACCCCAAUCCGGACGAGAGCAACCCGGCGUAUCCGAGCAAGUUCAUUCUGAUGAAUGAUAAUCGACCGAAUCGACCCAGCACGAAGCGGGGAAAACGAGCGUCCUCCAUUCGCAAGCAAAAGCUGAGGGAGCAGCAACAGAUGGGCACUUAUCCGGACGAUUCAGGGUCGGAACAAAGACAGAAUCGGGAUGUCCGUUCGACUAGUGGUCAAAACGGUCAAAAUGGUCCCAAUGUUCCAUCGAGACGUCCUAACGACUACGAGCUUGAGAUGAAGCGGGAACCGGAAGACGAGCAGAAUUUGCCAAACCCAUCCUCAUCAUCCUUUUUGCCGCCUGUUCCAAUUGUGCACAUUGAUGAUCUGCUAUUGCCGCCGGGUCGUUUCAAACGACCCCAGAGAAUGUGUUUCAUCUUCAGGGGACUUCCGGGUAGUGGAAAAUCGUACCUGGCGCGAAUGAUUAAGGAGUGUGAGGUUAAGCAUGGUGGCCAAGCUCCGCGUGUUUUGAGCAUUGAUGAUUACUUUCUGGUGGAUACUGAGGAGCGAGAACCGGAUCCGGUCACCGGACGUCCGGUAUUGAUAACGCGUUCCGAGUAUCAGUUCGACGCUGAGAUGGAGGAGGUAUACAUGCAGAAUCUGGUCAAAGCAUUCAAACGUACCAUUACCGACAAGCUGUACAAUUUCGUAAUAGUCGAUUGCGUGAAUGAACGGCUGCUACAUUAUAACGAGUUUCACAAUUUCGCUAGAAGCAAUGGUUUUAAGGUAUACACAUGUACACUGCAAACUGAGGUUGAACUCUGUGCCGAGCAGAAUAUCCAUAAUCGCACCAUUGAUGAAAUUCGGAAAUAUGUCAGCAACUGGGAACUGAGCCCGGACGAUCAUGUGCAAAUCAACGCGAGCACUUUGCUCGAUCCACUGGAUGAGAGUGCAGUCCAAACUGCCGCCGAUAUGGAUUUGUGCACGGAAGAGGAUGAUAUUCAGCAGACUGACGUGAUCGCUCAACAAGAUUCUCCGCCAGAGAGAAUAGAAGCACAAAGCGGACUUCAGGAUAACGAUGAAGAUUCCAAUAUUGAUGCGCCAGAGCUUGGAUUUUUCACGAGUAAAUGGGACACCGAUACGACCGAGCAAAACCUAGCCCGUCUGGAUGGCAUCAGUAAACCCCCCCGCCGUGCUCCGACGAUAGAGGACUUCCUACAGUUGGACGGGGACAACCUGGACGACUACGAGUACGACCGGUACGGCGCGGGUGCGUCAUCAUCCGGAAAAAAGCGCGUACGCUGGGCGGACAUCGAGGAGCGCAAGGCACAGCGCAAGAUGCGCAAGAUGGGUUUCGUGGUCGGCGUUACCGAUUGGUCCCGGAUGAUGGACCCGACCGAGGGCGGCAGCGCGCUCACCAGAACCAAGUACAUCGAGCGGGUGCGUAGAAAUUGAGAAGCUGCCACGUUGGGGUGUUAUUGGAUACAGCAGCCGUAGCAAGAUGACUUCACUAGGUGAGUGCGCUUUCUCUGUGCUUUCGUUUUUCCUUCACUCUUUUGGAAAGAGCGUAAUAUUAACUAUUCGGCAAAUACAUGCUGACAAAUCGUAUUCACGUAACAGGAACAAGAUUUUGGCAUUCAAUGAUAAACACACGGAUUUUUUUCCCACUGCAAUUCACGUUUGAUGUGUACGAUGGCAUAGGUCAGAUUCAAACAGACAGAGGCGAUAACUUGAAUCAAUCAUCAAGAGAGCAUUAAAUAAAAAUAUUUCCCAAUAAGUAAUGAUGUUGAGCAAAUGUGGUACAUUUCGUUUUUCUUACAUUGGUAAUAAGUUCGAGGUUUUCGAUUGGUGUGUCAAUUGUUCGGUUACAUUCUAAGCCACAUUCUACGUAUUAUUGAUAAGACUUAUUUCAAAGGAACCAUAAGUAUAUUCCAGAUUACAUCCUCGUAUGUCUUUGUACGUAAGACUUUCUAAGUUAGUCGUAUUCCAACAAGCUAUAGUAAAGUUGCAAUUUUGAUGAUUGGUGGAGUGAAUAGAAUGAGUUACUCUGCCGGCGUGUUGUCUGUUUUCUAACUAAAAGCGUAGCAAAAUAUGGAUUAUAAUCAUGAUUAUAAUGAAUAAU